UAUAAAGCUAGUUAGAGAGUAGUGGAAGUCUCAGCUAUCAAACCAAAACCCAUUGAUAAUCAUGGCUUCCAAACAUACCUCAAAUCUCCUCUCUCUUGUUUGUAUGCUUGUCAUUGUAGUGGUCUCAAAGGCCACCGUUGAGCCAACCCAUCCCAUCGAUGCUGUAAGGCGAAGCAGCUUUCCUGAAGGCUUUGUUUUUGGUUCAUCGUCCGCUGCUUACCAGUAUGAAGGUGCUGCUUUUAAGUAUGGAAAAGGUCCAAGUAUUUGGGAUACCUACACUCACCAACAUCCAGAGAGAAUCGCCGAUCGUAGUAACGGAGAUAUAGCUACUGAUUCAUACCAUCGUUACAAGGAAGAUGUUGCCAUUAUGAAACAGAUAGGUUUUAAUGUCUAUCGAUUCUCAAUUUCUUGGCCUAGAAUUUUGCCAAAGGGAAAACUUAGUGGUGGGGUGAACAAGGAAGGAAUUGAGUACUACAACAAUCUCAUCAAUGAGCUCCUUGCCCAUGGCAUUAAACCCUAUGUCACACUUUUCCAUUGGGAUCUUCCUCAAGCUUUACAAGAUGAAUAUCAAGGGUUUCUAAGUCAUCGAGUUAUAAAUGAUUUUCGAGAUUAUGUUGACAUUUGCUUCAAGGAGUUUGGAGAUAGAGUGAAGCAUUGGAUCACCUUAAAUGAACAAUACAUCUUCAUUACAAGUGGUUAUGUGUUUGGAAAUUUUGCGCCGGGGAGAUGCUCUUCUUGGCAACCAUUUAAUUGCGUUGGUGGAGAUUCUGCGACUGAACCAUACAUUGUUGGUCACAACCAAAUUCUAUCUCAUGCUACCGCUGUUAAAGUUUACAAGACUAAAUAUCAGGCACACCAAAAAGGUGAAAUUGGCGUCACAUUGUUUUCGAAUUGGUUUGUCCCAUAUUCCGAUGCUAAAGCAGACAAAGAAGCUACAAGUCGAGCUCUUGAUUUUUCUCUUGGUUGGUUCUUGCAUCCUCUCGUGUAUGGAGAUUAUCCACCAAGCAUGAGAACUCUUGUAAAGGAGAGAUUGCCCAAAUUCACAAACGACGAAAGAAUUUUGAUCACAAAUUCUUAUGAUUUUAUUGGCAUAAACUACUAUACAGCUAAUUAUGCCAAAGACGAUUCGAAUGCAACUAGUUCGAACUCGAGCUAUUGGACCGAUUUUCGCGCCACUCUUUCAAGUGACCGUAAUGGAGUCUCAAUUGGUCCAAAGGUGAAUGCAUCGUCUUGGCUUGCUGCUUAUCCAGCAGGAUUAAAAAAUUUGAUGAUCUAUAUAAAGAACGUUUACAAAAAUCCGGUUAUCUACAUCACAGAAAAUGGAUCUCUCGACUUUAAUAGCGUCAAAGUUGACGAACUAAUUAAAGAUGUCGUUCGAGUAAAAUACUUUCAUGACCAUCUCAAGAAUCUACACGAAGCAAUCAAGGCUGGUGUAAGAGUGAAGGGAUACUUUGCAUGGUCACUAUUGGACGUUUUUGAAUGGUCGAGUGGAUUUACCAUACGCUUUGGUGUCGUCUACGUUGAUUACAAGAACGGCUUGAAGAGAAUCCCUAAAGACUCAGCAAAGUGGUUUCGCAAUUUCCUAAGCACCUAAAUAUGCUCUCUUCUAUCAUGUUAUGAUGUUGGUUUGUCAUGCAAUCUUAAUUAUGCGUCGAACUUCUUAUCUUUCUGUUUUGUGUUCGAUAUCAAUAAUUGAAGUGAACUCUUUUUAUGUAUGUUUCUAUGAUCAAAUUAUCUUAUC